CUUUAAACAAAAUCAAUCUACACUUCCUGUUAAUGGACGUGAGGUGAAGUUGAUUUCUUGGUUAUCGAAUUUUGUUUAAUGAAUGGUCAUUUAGGAAGAGGUCACGCACUUUAAUGUGCGAGAUCUCUUCAUCGAACUUUAUGUUCAUUAUGCAAUUAUUUAUUUUUCUGAGUAUAUUUAUGGAAUUCAACAGCAUUUUUAGAGUUCUACUGUCGUGUUUGUAUAUUUUGUGUUUGUCUCCAUUCCGCGUUAUUUCGAGUCCUUCCGGGUCACUUCUCUGAAGGCAACUCUUAUUACAAUUAGGAUUGUGCCUCUUUCCCCUUAAUUAAUAGUUUUGGUAAAAAUUUCACAGACUUAAAACAAAAUGUACAGUGUAAUCAGUGAUAGUGCAUUACUGAGGCCUGCUGUGAUAGUGCAUUACUUAGGCCUACUGUGAUUGUGAAUUACUUAGGCCUACCGUGAUUGUGCAUUACUUUUGGCCUACUAUGAUAUUGCAUUUUUUGGCUUCUGUGAUAAAGCAUUACUUAGGUCUACUUUGACAGUACAUUACUUAGGCCUACUCUGAAAGUACAUUACUUAGGCCUACUGUGAUAGUACAUUCUUUAGACUUAUUGCGAUAGUUCAUUACUUAGGCCUACUUUAACAGUACGUUUCUUAGGCCUACUGUAAUAGUACAUUAUUUAGGCCUACUGUGAUAGAACAUUACUUAGGCCUACUUUGAUAGUGCAUAACUUAGGCCUACUGUUAUAGUAUAUUACUUAGGCCUACUGUUAUGGUAUAUUACUUACUCCUACUGUUAUAGUAUAUUACUAAGGCCUACAGUUAUAGUUUAUUACUUAGGCCUACUGUUAUAGUAUAUAACUUAGGCCUACAGUUAUAGUAUAUUACUUAGGCCUACUGUUAUAGUAUAUUACUUAGGCCUACUGUUAUAGUAUAUUACUUAGGCCUACUGUGAAAGUGCAUUACUCAUGUAAAUCUCAGCCCAUUUAAUGGAAUAUUAUCAUUUGAUUAGGAAACAGUGGCCGCCUCACGUCCUAGAAUUACUACAACUGUAGGCACAGCAUUCACCCACUGACAGUCUCUAGUCAAAGGUAACUGCUCUCAUGUCCCUAAAUGCACACUUAAGUAGCGGAUGUUCAUUGAACUUGAGUCGAUAAGUAUGGUGCCUCAACGGUCAACUGCAGUAAUGUUUGGUUCAUUAUGUUUUUGUUUCAUGGAGCGGGGGGGGGGGGGUGAGGGCGGGGGGAGAGAAGGAGAUCGGGUGAUAUAUAAUUAGUUGAUAUAUAAUUAGUUGAUGUAUAAUUAGUUGAUAUAUAAUUAGUUGAUAUAUAAUUAGUUGAUAUAUAAUUAGUUGAUAUUUAAUUAGUUGAUAGAUAAUUAGUUGAUAUAUAAUUAGUUAAUAUAUAAUUAGUUGAUAUAUAAUUAGUUGAUAUAUAAUUAGUUGAUAUAUAUUUAGUUAAUAUAUAAUUAGUUAAUGAUGCGUAAUUAAUUGAUGAUACAUAUUGGUUAAUAUCUAACUACCAGACAUGACGAAUGACGUGCACUGACGUAUGACGUAUGAAGCACCGAGUCAUUGUGAAACCGAAAAAUGUGUGCCUGUUGUUUUGCCAGUGCACACCAGUGACGUCAUGAUGUUGUGCAUUGCGUUUUGUUGGUGCACACUUGUUACAUCAGCAUGUUGUGAACGGGCUGUUCCUCUUAAUGUCUUGAUGUUUAAUUAAUACAUGUAAUUGGCGUUUUAAGAUUUGGGUAAAUCUUUAUACAGUUAUAUUUAUUUUCUGCCCAUCAUUUUUUUUUCGUGUGGGCAAUUUAUCGACUUUUGUCUAUUUAUAUUUGCACCUUCUUUUCCCCUUUUCUGACGAAGGUAUCUGAACAAAAGAACUCGGCACAAAAUGAUGAACUUAAGAAUAUUACUGGUUUUGCUCCUCCUUGCUGCCACCUGUCGAUCUCAUACCAAUUUUUUUUACCACCCUAGGCCACGUAAGUCUUAAUACUUCAGAUUACAAUGGCACGACCAUUGUGGGGUAGGGGGGGGUGACAAGUAAAUGCUUCGGGCUUUGAAAUUCAUACGAUUUUAUUAUUCUAUUAAAUAAUUUCGAAUGAAAAUCACAGAUCGUGGACUAACAUUUUAAAAUACCUUGCGUGGUUAAGAUAAAUAAAACAUGAUUUCCCGUUUAAGGGCACGGGUCAUAUUAGUUCAAGGAAAUUAUUGUAAAGUUGCUUGAUGUGAAAAAUAGUUUCAGAGGCGAAGUGAAGAGAAAGCAAUGAAACACUCUGUUUAAGAGAUGUAGCCUGAAGCUAUUCACUAGUUGUAGUGUGUUUGAACAUGUUCAACUCUUACAUCUAGGUCUCAUCUAUUUGAAUAUUUUUUUUUUGUCCCUGCAGCACCUACCCCGAAAACCUCACUGUUCGCCAGGCCCAAUAUACCCGAAACAUACCGUAAGACAGCUGUGCUGCCCCAGUCGUGCAGAGAUGCUCAAAUUGGGGUCUCGCCCAGGCGGGUCGUCGUCCUGGCCGACGGGUACGAGGUCAUGUGCGACCUGACCACCGACGGCGGCGGCUGGACGGUCAUCCAGCGACGCGCCAACGGGCAGACCAACUUCACGCGGGGCUGGCACGACUACAAGUACGGGUUCGGAGACUACGACAACGGGGAGUUCUACCUGGGCAACGAGUACAUUCACCACGUCACCUCGGCGAGGCGCUACGAGCUGCGGAUCGAGAUGGAGUGGAAGGGCGUCAAAAAGUUCGCCGAGUACGCCUACUUCCGGGUGAACGGCGAGCAGGAGUUCUACAGGCUGCACGUGGGCGGGUUCCUCGGCAACGUCGGCGACAGCUUCUCGCCGGUGCACAGCGGCCGGGAGUUCAGCACCUUCGACAGGGAUAACGACAACCACGAGAUCAACUGCGCCGAACGGUUUCACGGGGGCUGGUGGUACAACGCCUGUCACACGGCCAACCUCAACGGCGUCUGGGGGGUCAAGGACACGGGCGAGGGCAUCAACUGGAUGUCCUUCACGGGGUACCGUUCGAGCCUCGCCUUCUGUGAGAUGAAGAUAAGGCCCGUGCAACAUUAAAAUGAAAAAACGGAAAAGGUAGAGCUGGCGUGUCUGUUCGGGUGAAAUCGUGGUGACCACUAAAGUUAAAAUAAGGAAACGAAAUGAAAGGAGAAAGGAAAACCAAA